AUGGAUGAGUUUCCUUCUGGCAGCAUGGAUUCCAAGCCCCCCGAUCGGGAAGCCAAGAAUGUCUGCCUGCAGAGGCUCAUGACGAUUUUCCAAGACAUUUGCCUCGAGUACUUGGAAAAGGUGGCAGAAAAAUGGUAUUAUUGUGCUAAUGACAUAGCUGCGGAAAUUGUUGAGCAAGAGCUCUUGGGUAUCAAAUACCCAAGACGAAAGAAAAAGAAAGAUGUUGAGCGGAAACCUGGCGAACCGAGGGACAUGAUGCAAGAUAUGAGGGACAUCAGGCGCAAAUAUGACGACGACACGAGGGAAGCACCAACAGAAGAGGACAUGAGCAAAAUGUGUCAAUUGCUACGAGAAGAAUUUCCCCAUCAUCCGCUCAACGUCAUUUCCGAGACCAUGACAGAGAACAGAAACAAUUUGUUCCUGACCUAUCUAGCCCUCCAGAGCACGGCAACACCUGGAGAACAGGAGGUCAUUGAUCGUGUGCGAGAAAUAAUUGGCAUGCCACCGCACGCCGCAUACAACAAUAUACCCGAUGAUGCAGAUGAUUCAAUACAAGCAGAAUUGCAUGCGUCUCGACGCUACUAUGUUCUUCAGGAAUAUCUGAAAGUGGGCCAAAGAUUCAAAGAAGCCGAGAGAAAGAAUUUCGAGUAUGCGAAGGAGCAUGGGCUUUUGCGGGAAUGCGAAUGUUGCUUUGCAAACUUCCCAUUGAAUCGAAUGGUCAGCUGCAGUGCCGAGCCCCAUCAUCUCUUCUGUAAACAAUGUCCUCGCAAGCAGGCAGAAGAAAUGGUUGGACAGUCUCGAUACCAGAUAACGUGCUUGUCUCUGGGAGGAAGUUGCUCGGCGCCGUUUUCACUCACAGAGCGUGGAAAAUUUCUCGACAAAGGCCUGGUCACUGCCCUCGAACGUAUUGAGCAGGAUGCCGUGCUACGAGCCGCAAACAUCGAGGGACUUGUGCAGUGUCCAUUUUGCUCGUUCGCUGCAAUAUGUGUCUCCGAGAAGGAGAAUAGAGAGUUCCCUUGUCAGAAUCCAGAUUGCCUGGUCGUGAGCUGUAGACUUUGCAGAGGCGAAUCACACGUGCCGCUGUCGUGCGAGGAAGCCCUCGAGAAGACAGGCUUCUCAGUGCGACAUGAGAUAGAAGAGGCCAUGUCUGCGGCCUUGAUUCGAAAAUGCAACAAGUGUAACACGCCGUUUAUCAAGAUUCUCGGGUGCAACAAGGUGUCUUGCACACGCUGCGGCAAUAUUCAAUGCGACGUAUGCUCCAAGAAUUGCGAUUAUACCCAUUUCAAGGAAAACCAACCAAAAACACAAGUCGAAGCGAAGGGAUGCCCCCUGUACGAUAAUACCGAGCAUCGUUACGCCCGAGAAGUUGAUACUGCCGAGAAGGAAACGCGCCAACGAUUAGUGGACGAACAUCCAGAGGUUGACGCUCAGUAUCUGCAGAUACGGAGAGCACCGGCUCCAGCACCGGCUCCGACUUCCAAUAAGAGGCGCCGUGCGCCGAUAUUGAGAAUGUUUGAACAAAACGCAAUGCGAGUUAGACCACGCCAGUUGCCACCGAACGGGCUACAGAACAUACCAGAGGACGCACCGCCAGCUGGUGCCCAAGGUGGUGUCCAAGAAGAUGCCCAAGAUGAUGACGGGGGUUCCCAAGAUGAAUCCCAAGAUGGCUCUCAAGAUGGCUUUCAAGAAGACUCCCAAGAAGACUCCCAAGAAGACUCCCAAGAAGAAUCACAAGAUGGCGACGACUAUGAUUCAGGGGCAGAUUCAUCAGAAGCAGCGCAAGACGAUUCAGAGUAUGGAUCGUCAGAUGAUGGGGAUGAAAAUCCCAACAAGCGUCAAAAAAGAGAAGCGAAUGAAGAUGCGGUUGCCAGGAACCCUGAGAUUCCCCGAGCACCUCGACCGCAUCUCGCCGUUCCCAAUCCCCUCCCCAACGGAGUCGCGAACCCGAUUCCAGCUCAACCCGCCAACGAUUUGACACAGCAGCGGCCCCAAUUCGUCUUUUCCUUUGAUGCAAACAAUCAGACUGUGAUUCCGCCGUGGCUCCGGGGGCAACAGCAACAGGUUAUUGCUCAGCAGCAAAUCAACGCUCAAUACCAGCAACAGCAGCAGCAGCAGCAGCAGCAGCAAGCCCAACAGCAGCAGGCCAAUACUCAACAGCAACAGCAACAGCAACAGCAACAGCAACAGCAACAGCAACAGCAACAAGCCACUGCUCAGCAAUUGCUGGCCCUGCAGCAAGAGCAAGUCAUGCCGGGGCAGUGGAUAGAGCAGAUUGAACAGGCGAAUCUCCAGCAGAUGCGCGCACAUCACCACGCACAGCUGCAGGCACAACAACUCCAGCUCAUGCAAGCACAAGGGCAGGCACAGCAGAGGUACGCGGGAACAGCGCAGCUGCAGCACCACACCUUGAUGCAAGCACGGCGACAGGAACAACUGCAACUACUGGUGAGGGCUCAGGCUCGGUUUCAUCAGCAAGAGCAACAGAGGGCAUUGCAAACGGCACAGCGGAUGGCACGGCAAGAGGCACAGCAGCGUCAACAGCGGCGGGCACAAGAGCAGCCUCAGACGCUGGAGCAGAUACAGAUGGCAGCAUUUCGACAGACGAUCCGGCAGCAGGUACGGUCAUCGCCGUGGGAUGCACUGGAGCAAGUGUUGCUUAAUUCACACCACGAAACGCUCAGACACCUUUCGCAGCUGGAUGCACGGCAGCACGCACUUGCGCAGCAUCAAGCACAGGGGCAUUUCCCCAACUUGCAAACACAGCAGCAGGGCCCGGCUGAGCAUGGGCUCGGUAUGCCGCCCGCCAUUGCCGAGGAGGGCGAUUGGGGACAGCAUCAUAACCAUGGGCAAUAG